UAGUUCUCUGCCAGGCGUGAAAGCUCGAGGACGUGUAGCGGUCGCGAACGCUCGAUACUCGAAUAUCGUAUCCGACUCGAACUUAUUCGUCGUAGUGCAACGGUUCGAAUAGAAUUUUUUUUAAGUGACUUAUUUUCUAGUUUAUUUAAUAGCUUUUAGUGCGCAAAUAAAUUCAUAAAGUGAAAAUUGGACUUCAUUGUGGGUGUUCUAUACCUUGAAUUGGAUGGUAUCAGUUCGUGGGAAAGUUGAAUUAAUUCUGUAACGUUAGAAUAAAAAGGAUAUUUUUUAGUGAUUAAGGUGUCCUCAAUAAAAAUUUGAUUCUAUAAGGAUGAUAAUGGGAAGUGACGUUUAAUUUGGUGAGGUCGUGUAAUCGACGACAAUAAUAGGAGGAUUCGUCGUAGAGUAGAAGAUGGAGAAUCCGUGGAACUGUUGUUUGGUGUUGUGUGUGUUGUUAUGUUGUUUGAGUGCGAGUUUAGUACGUUCGGCUCGUUGGGCACAUUCGGCAAUGUUAAGCCCCGAUUACCGACUUCUAUGGUCCCUCGGUCCUGGACCGCAGGACAUAACGUUCGAACUGCAAGUGCGCACAUUGGGCUACGUCGGUUUCGGCUUUUCAAAGAACGGUCAAAUGGCCGGAGCUGAUAUGAUCAUCGGCUGGGUCGAUCAAGGACAAGUCUAUUUCCAAGAUCGUCAUGUGAAAGAGACGCCCGGAAACCUGAUGGAUCGGGAGCCGGAAGUCGAUCCUAGUCAAGAUUACCAGCUCCUUCUCGGCUACGAAAACAAUACCCAUACAGUGUUACGAUUCAGGAGACGGCUCGACACAUGCGAUUAUCAUGACAUUCCAAUCACGAAUGAUACCAUGAGAGUGAUUUGGGCGUUCCAUAAACAAGAGCCGAUUUGUGGUGCAGUAGGACCUGGUUCUUUACCUCGUCACGAGUUAGAAGUACAUGGAAUUCAGUCUUUAUUUCUUGUUCAAAGGGCCGAUCAGGACCUUCCAGGUCCCGAAGAAACUGCGAAUGUGUGGGAGCUGAGGAAUCCUGCGGUUGAACCUCCAGCUCCCGGUGACACCCUGUAUUGGUGCAAAGUAUUCCGCCUGCCCGUCUCCAGGAAACAUCAUCUCAUAAGGUACGAGCCUUUGCAAGGAGUUAGAGGUGCUACAAGCGGUUUACAGCAUGUUGUACUUUACGAGUGUCAAGAUAGUUCCCAAGUGCGCGCCUUGGUUGGAACUCCUGGUAAACAGUGCGACGAAGGUGAACCGUUAUCUUGCAGCGCGGUCGUUGCUUCAUGGGCUCGCGGUUCCGAAGGUUUCAGUUUUCCGCUCGAGGCCGGUUUUCCCCUUGAGCCGUCGUUGAAUCGAUACUAUUUAUUAGAGACUCAUUAUACCGGUGCAAUCGAUGAUAAUUCCGACACGAUCGAGGGUUCGGGCUUGCGGUUGUAUUAUACGCCGGAAUUGCGGCGCCACGACGCUGGCGUCAUAUCUAUCGGCAUCGACCCCAAUUGGCGGCACAUUAUUCCCCCGCGACAGCACAAAGUGGUGUCAUCCGGACAUUGUAUAUCAGAAUGUACGCAUCGCGCUUUUCCCAACACAGGAAUAAAUAUGUUUGCGGUCGUGAUGAGAACCCACAGGAUCGGGAGACAGGUUUCUUUGCGUCACGUGCGGGGUAACGCGGAACUUCCACCGAUUGCGACCGACGAGAAUUUGGACGCCGAUUAUCAAGAGUACAGGAAGUUGGAGACACCUCUAAAAGUCUUACCUGGCGAUCACUUAAUUGCCGAAUGCACGUACGACAGUUCCGAAAGGUCCGCAAUCACGUUGGGUGGAUUAACCAGCAGGGAAGAGACAUGUCUCGUUAUGGGGUUGUACUAUCCGCGACAGAAAGCUCUGGCUUCCUGCCACAGUCUCCCCAGUUUGCCCACCGUUCUGCACUCAUUGGGAAUUCAAGAACUCAGUCCAGCCACUUCCUUAGGGGAAAGUCUAGUAACUCUUAGUGACUUUUCUGGGGGAUACCUUUUGCUACUUAUGUUCUCCGGCUACCAAAUUCAGAAAAUUUUCAAACGCUUCGAAAAGCGGGCGAUUGUAAAGUGUUACAAAAUUUUCUUUUUGUUUCAGGGCACGGAAAAACUGGAAACGUAUUAUCCUAACAUAACGAAGCCGUAUGUGCGAAGCGAGGCUGAUCAAUGUACGUACAAGCGUUACAGUACAGAGGGUUGGCCCGGGGGUACGCCGCUCCUCGAACUCAACGGUAAUCAUAUAGAAGGUGCCGCGAGAAGUAAAGUGUCGCGAAGUAGCGUUCCCACGGGCGAAGAAUCGUUAGGAUUAAGUAGGAUAAAUUCUGCGGUCUCGAGAACGAUUUCGCAUAUCGCGACUGCGCUCCUGACAACUCCCUUAAUUUUUAUCCGUUGAAUGUGAUCUAGCUUUUCUCCAGAUUUUUCAUUUCCUUUUUGAUAGACUACUAGCUGGACAUUUUUUAUGACGUGUGCACUUCCGUAUCGCGUCAGUAGCUCUGCUGUGAAGAUAAUCAUUCAAUGGUAUAAGUAAUAAAAAGGAAAUCGAAAGUGUUAGGAUGACUUUAAAAAAAAAAGAUGAUGGAGACGUGCGGCGAUGAUUACGUGAUAUAAAUAUAUGUAUAAAAUAUACAAUGUAGGUGGACAAACAAAAAACUAUUGCAAUCGAUAUCGACUUUCCACGACCCUCUGACAACGUCUGCUGAUGUAAUAACAUGUAUAUGUGUGUAUGUGAGUGUAUAAAUACCUAUUAUAUACGAUAGUAAUCACUCCUUUGAUCCCACUCGAAAGACGUUGUGUUUAAACAGAUCGUUAUAUUCUAGUCCUUAUUAUUCUGACGAUCGAUCGUUACAAUGGAUGGG